CCAUGGUAGCAUGAGGUUGGCGGGCUGUUGUUCCUGAGUGUGCUGGAUGUAUUUGUUUGAAAACGUUGCUGCUGAACUGGUGACCAACACUUUUUUAGCCAAGUAACUCACCAACACGCGGUUUCUUUUCAGUCGGGUACGUUUAGUGGUGUGAGCCCAGUCAUGCCGUCCAGUGCUGGACCCAGCAGCCCCGCCGCUGCACUCGCCGAGGCGCUGGAAAACUCUGGCCGGCUGAUCGACAGACAUCUGCAGGAUGACCGCUGCUUUCCCGACCUGUCAGAGCUGCUCAACGUCCCCUCUCACAAUAUGCCGUCCCUCUCUGGAGUGUCGGACAUGGACUAUCCCCUCCAGGGAGCAGGUUUACUGAGUGUGCCCAACCUCCCGGAGCUCAGUGCAGUCCGCAGAGUCCCUCUACCACCAGAACUGGUGGAGCAGUUCAGCCAUAUGCAAUGUAACUGCAUGAUGGGAGUGUUUCCUGAGCUGUGUCGAGCGUGGCUUGCUAUUGACAACGACAUAUUCAUGUGGAAUUAUGAAGACGGAGGAGAUGUGGCCUAUUUUGACGGCCUUAUUGAAACUAUUCUGGCAGUCGGUCUUGUAAAACCUAAACAAGGGAUUUUACAGCCACACAUUCACUACCUCUUAGUAUUGGCCACCUCUGUGGAUGUAGUGAUCCUGGGACUGAGCUUCCCUAAGGGUCAAACUGGGUUGAAUGACAGCAUGUCUGGUGGGAUGCAGCUGCUUCCAGACCCGCUCUUCUCCAUCCCAACAGACAACACAUACAUCCAGUCCAUCACUUCUACAGACCUGGGUCGCAUCUUUAUGGCAGGAAAGGACGGCUGUCUCUAUGAGAUAGCUUACCAGGCUGAAGCAGGCUGGUUGAGCCAGCGUUGCAGAAAAAUCAACCACUCCAAAAGCUCGCUAUCCUUCCUCGUCCCCUCUGUGCUCCAGUUCUCCUUCUCUGAAGACGACCCCAUUAUGCAGAUUGCUGUCGACAACUCCCGAAACAUACUCUACACACGCUCAGAGAAAGAUGUCCUGCAGGUGUAUGAUCUGGGUGCUGAUGGGCAGGGUAUGGGUCGUGUGGCAACAAUGUCACAGAGCACCAUUGUUGCAGCUGCUGGAAACAUUGCCAGGACAAUUGAUCGUUCUGUCUUCAAACCCAUUGUCCAGAUCUCUGUGAUUGACAGAUCUGAGUCCUCAGACUGUCACCUGCUCGCUGUCACACAUGCAGGCGUGCGUCUCUACUUUAGUACUACACCUUUUGCCCCGCCACACCACAAGCAUAUGGCUGUUCGACCGAGCCUGCUAGCUUUGGUUCAUGUCCGUUUGCCUCCAGGGUUUUCUGCAUCUUCUACCUUGCAGAAACCUGCAAAGGUCCACAAGGCACUACACAGCAAAGGUGUUCUGUUAAUGGCUGCUUCUGAGACUGAAGACAGUGAAGUUUUGUGGUGCAUCAACCACGACUCCUUCCCCUUCAAGAAACCCUUGAUGGAGACUCAGAUGAUGUCUAAUGUCGAUGGACACUCUUGGGCUCUUUGUGCCCUUAAUGAGGAGAGGCCAAUCAAGAUUUGGACUCCUCUGAACAAGGAUCAAAUCCCCAUCACUGAUUCACCCGUGGUGGUCCAGCAGCACAAUGUCCCUCCUCAGAAGUUUGUUCUUCUUUCUGCAAAGGGGAGUCACAUCUUCCAGAAACUGCGCCCAGUAGACCAGCUCCGUCACCUGCUGGUGAGCUGCGCUGGAGGAGAAAGUGAAGAGAUUGAACGAUUCUUCAAGCUGCACAGGGAGGAGCAGGCGUGUGGCACAUCACUGAUCCUAGCUUGUUCCACUGCUGCUUGUGACAGAGAGGUUUCACAGUGGGCCACCAGAGCCUUCUUCAGAUAUGGAGGAGAAGCACAGAUGAGAUUCCCUGCAGCCAUGACGUCUCCCAGUACUGUAGGACCCGUGAUGAGCUCUCCAGCACCAGGCAUUGUGCCUCCAGCUUUGGCUACUCCUUUCACACCAAUGUCCUCUGGCUCUGCCCCCAUUGCACCCAUGUCCGCUGGCCCAGAGGUGAUUUUCUCAGGGAAACACAACGGCAUCUGCAUCUACUUUGCUCGCAUUCUUGGAAAUAUAUGGGAUGGGAGCCUUGCUGUUGAGAAAAGCAUUAGCAAAGGAAAUCAGACUGUUAGUAUUUUGGAAAGCAGCGUCGGUUCAUUCGAUCUGGAGUCGGUCCUCGUGGAGCUCUGUGGUUUGCGGGAGUUUCUUGAUAAAAACUCACAGUUCAGUCCAUCCUCUCUCGGUGGUGCAAGCUUCAGCUCCCCUGCCAACCUGCAGCAAAGGCUGCUGGGAUUUAUGCGUCCUGAUGGUGCCAACUCUCAGCAGGUCCAGCAGGAGCUCCAGAGGAAAUAUCACACCAAGGCUCAGGUCUAUGAGAAAGUUUCCCUGCAGGGCAUCCAGCAGUUAGUGCAUCGCUCCUAUCAGACUCUGGCUCUCUGGAAACUUCUCUGUGAUCAUCAGUUCAGCCUCAUUAUGUCUGAACUGCCAAAGGAGUUUCAAGAUCAGAUGAAGGGAGCAAGUUUUAAGGAUGUUGUGAUCCAGGGGAAGGAGCUGUCUGGGGCGCUCGUCACAGCACUCAUUAACGUCUACAUCAAAGAUAAUGCCUCUGUGGAUGCUAUCAGCAAUCACCUGCGGGACAUUUGCCCUCUGCUGUACAGCAGUGAUGAUAGCGUUUGCUCCAAGGCUAAUGAGUUGCUGCAGAGCUCGAAACAGAUCCAGAAUAAAGUGGAUAAAGAAAGAACACUGAGAGAGUCUCUACGGCUCUACCAACAGAUCAGCCAGCAUACAGACCUGCCGCUCGUCUGCUCGCAGUACAGACAAGUGCGAUUCUACGAGGGGGUCCUUGAGUUGUGCCUCACAGCAGCAGACAAGAAAGAUCCACAGAGACUGGGGCCCCACUUCUACAAGAACGGAGAGCCUGAAGAGGACCUAGUGGGACAGCAAGCCUUCCAGGAAAGACUUUCAUGUUAUAAGUGCAUCACAGACACCAUGCAGGAGCUGGUGAACCAGAGCAAAGCUGCUCCUCAGUCCCCCAGUGUACCAAAGCAGCCCGGUCCUCCUGUCAUGACAUCUGACCCGAACAUGCUCAGUAACGAAGAAGCUACAGCCCACUUUGAGCAGAUGCUUGGUCUGGCCCAGAGGUCUCAGGACGAGCUGUUUCACAUCGCUCUGUACAACUGGCUGAUUCAGGCCGACCUGACUGACAAGCUGCUAGAGGUGAAUUCUCCAUACUUAGAGGAACAUCUGAUGCACAUGAUCAAACAGGAUCAGAGUAAAGUGCACAACAUGGACCUGCUGUGGCGCUACUAUGAGAAGAACCGUAACUUUGGCAAGGCAGCUCAUGUACUGGCCCGCCUCGCUGACAUGCCCAGCACCGAGAUCUCUCUGAAGCAGCGUUUGGAGUACAUCGCCCGAGCCAUCCUUUCUGCAAAGAGUUCUUCCUGCAUCUCAGCUCAGGCAUCAGAUGGAGAGUUCCUUCAUGAACUGGAGGAAAAGAUGGAGCUUGUACGCAUCCAAGUCCAGAUUCAGGAGACCCUGAUCAGACAGUACUCCCAUCAUCCCUCAGUGAAAAAUGUCAUCUCUCAGUUGGACUCAGAGCUAAUGGACAUCACCAAGCUGUACGGGGAGUUUGCCGACCAUUUCAAAUUAUCUGAGUGCAAACUGGCCAUCAUUCACUGCGCAGGACACUCUGACCCGAUCCUAGUGCACUCCCUCUGGCAGGAAAUCAUGGAGAAAGAGCUGGGAGACACAGUGGCCAUGAGUCCAGCAGACAUGAUGAGAUCCCUCAGUUUGAAACUGGUAUCACUGGGGAAGAUUUAUGCUGGAACACCAAGAUAUUUCCCCCUGGAGUUCUUGGUGAAGUUUCUGGAGCAGGAGGUGUGUCGGUUGAACUGGGAUGUAGGCUUUGUCACCUCAACUAUGCAGGAGAUCGGGGUACAGCUGCCACGUCUUUUGGAGGUCUACGACCAGCUCUUUAAAACUCGGGAUCCCUGCUGGCAGCGGCUGAAGAAACCUCUGCACUUGGUGGAGUGUAUCCAUGUGCUUCUGUCAGGUUAUGUGGAUGACCCCAGCAGAGUACCAACCUAUGACAGGCGCCGAUUCACUAACGUGUGCCUUGAUAACAUUUGUGGAUACCUUGUGGAGCUGCAGUCUCUGAGCCCGAACGCCGCUCUUCAACAGACUAUCGGCAACUUCAAGUCGCUGCAGGCAAAGCUGGACAAACUCCACUGAUGUCGCUGAUUAUUGUUCUUCAUCAGGACAACGGAUCAGGUGACCGUUGGAUCUUGCACUGUUGCCUUAAUUAAACAGCUGAUUUAAAAGUAUGAUUACAUUAUCUGCAAGCUCAGCACAUUGAUGUUUGUACAGGCCUUUUUCACCAAACACAUUUUGACACGUUGGAGACGGAUAAUUCUUUAAGAUAAUUGGUUUCAGGCUCACUGGGACACCUGAAUAGAGCUGAGCCAAUGUUGAUGUUAUUAGUAACACCUGAGCUUUUUCCUACCAUGCAAAAUCAAGAUGUCUGCUGUGAAAAAGGCCUAUUACACAGUACAGUUUGCCUCUUUUUCUCCUCUGUAGUCUGUUGUGUGACAGCCUGGCAUGCUCCCCGUGUUAUGAGACAGUGAAAGUAUGUGACCGUGAAGAUGAGAAGCCUGAAGAGACAAUUUUUUUAUAACUUAUUUAAUGCAUUUUGUUCUAAGUCUAAACACAUAUGCUUACAAUACAACUUUGAAAAAAACAAAGACACUGUUGGUCAUUUGCAUUGUGUGCAAAUAGCUGAGUCAGAUAUCUAAAAAACUGACAGGAUAUUUGAGUUACAUGUGUUUCUACGAACAUGAAGUCAGACUUCUCACUCUGAAUUUUACAAGUCAGUUUUCUUAAAUGAAAAAUGCACUUAAUGAUGAUUGAUUGAUGAUUUCGGGAUAUUUUGAUAUUAAUCCACUUUUCAGACUGAAACCUUUCUUUUUCAUCACAAGGGGGGGAAUGAUUUUUAUUGUUCUACGUUUCACUCCAAACAAAACAGUUCAGUGUUGGAUGUUGUAAUUAUGUACAUAAACCUGGCCAUGAUGUUGUCUCUUCUGCCAAAAAGUCAUUCAAACUUUGAAUGCCAAAGGUCAUUCAAACUUUAUUUUCAUGUGUAAUUUACAUUUAACAUUUUCUACUUGGCUGAUAAAUUUAAACAGUUCUGUUGUGAGUAUGAGUGCUUUGAUUGAUUGUUAUGAAUGUAGAACAAUUUUUUUUUUAAUGGUGCUGUUCACAGUGCUUCACUAAAAACUUUUGGCCUGCAUAGAAGAAAAAAAAAAAUCCAUAAAACUUUUUUAUAAAGAUAUAAAAUGUGUCAUUGCUUUUGUUGUGUAUGAGGAUGUCUUGAAAAACACUACACCAACUAGUUGUUACCUGCAAACCGAACAAACUGGUGUGUCCUUCAAGUUCAAGUCAUCAGCAGGAAGCAGCAUUAAAUUGCUGUGUUUUUUAUAAUGUGACGCUGCAAAGGGAGUCAUUAAAUGAAGUUAAUGACAUCACUGUUUGUGUUUAUGUUAUUAUCUUUAAUUGAAAAUGGCACUCAGGGUUUCUCACAGUCAUCAGCAACAGGGCAGUAAUUGCUAAUGGUCCUUUUUUCUCCAAUUAGCGAUGUACUUAAGCACACAAUUAUGUUUUAAUUUUUUAGUUUUAUUAAAACGAAUAAAAUAAUUUUGACUUGA